UUUUUUUUCAGAAAUGCUUUCUACUUGUGGUUAGGAGUACAUCGCUCCCUCUACGACACAUUUCCCCUUAGCGUGGGCCUGCUCUUUUCUGCCUACAGAGAUGUGUGUCUCUUGCAGAAAUCCUGGCAUACACUAGCCCCCUCGUCCAACUUAUGGUGCUUUAAGUUAUCUGGAGAGUCUGACAGACUGUGCUUUGUGCUUUAGUUCUCAUAAUCAACUGACUAGGGCUGGAGAAACAGUGCUUUUCAAGCUGAUAUAAAGUCACACUGAAUGCAAAUAAUGAAGAAAUUCCUCUACCUCUUUCUCUUGAGCUGGGCUGUUAUAGCUGAAUCGAUAACCCACACAAGUGCAAGUAACCAAGACCAGGAUAAUACAGUGGAGUUUUAUUUGAACAAUACAAACAUGCAUUGGAAAAGCCUAAGAAAAAUGAACAGAGCUAAAAGAUCUUCCGCAGGAUCAUGCAGUGGGAACGCCAGUUUGUUUUAUGAUCAAGCUGUAAGGUAUUGCUGUAAAAAGUGCCCAGCAGGGGAAUACGUUGAAACUCCAUGUUCAGUUCCUGGAGAAGAGCCAAAAUGUACAGCAUGUGGAACUGGAACUUACCUUGAGCAUCCAAACUAUUUAUCCAAAUGUCGGGCCUGUCACUAUUGCCAUAUUGAGACCCAGAGUAUAGCAAAGAACUGCUCAGCUACUGCUAACACCCAGUGUAAGUGUAUCGAGGGAAGAUACAGAAAAGAAGAUCAAUGCCUUUUGUGCACAAAAUGCAUAAACAGAGAAAUACUUAAGAACUGUUCACAGAAUGAAGACACAGAGUGUGGUCAGUGUUUGCCGGGAUUCUAUGAGGAUCAAAACAAAUGCCAACCUUGCCCCCAAUCAUUGCAGCCCUGUGAAAAUCAAACAGAUGUCACCUGCACUAUACUAUGUAGUCCAUUACAUAAAGUUUCAGAGAAUCUGUACAUCGGAUGCAGUUUAAUAGGACUUCUGGCUGUUUUGCCAAUUGUUGUAAUUUUUCUUUACUGUUGCAAAAGAAAGAAGGAAUCGUUGGAGGAACAAGAAAUCAUUCUGAGGGAGCCUGAGACAUCAGUAAAUUUACUAAUACCCAAUCAAGUGGGUGGGAAACCAGAACAUUCCACACUAAGUCCUUCUUCAAGUAACGAUAAUGAUGGGCACUGCCGUAUUCUGCAGAAAGGAAGAACUCUAUAUGACAUUAUCGACUGUGUCCCUGUCAAGAGGUGGAAAGAGUUCAUGAGAACCCUUGAACUUCCUGACAAAGAAAUAGAAAUUGUAGAGAUAGAAUAUCGCAGUUUUCGAGAUCAGCAGUAUGAAAUGCUCAGGAGGUGGUGCCAGUUCAACAUGGCAGCCGUGGAAACAAUAUACCAGGCCUUGGAGAGGAUGAACCUAUCAGGGUGUGCAGAUGAGCUCAGAAAUAAGAUUGAAAGUUAUACCUAACUUUAUGGUGCUGGAAUACUCUCAGAACACACUAACUGCAAGUUCUAAAGUUUCUUCCUGGAGGAGCGUUAUUUAAAGGUACUGCACCACGAGGCAGAAUUAAGAGCAAGAUUUUCCACUAAACGCUAACCACUUUUAACAAAUGUGAUACCAAGGAAACGAAAUAUUCAGAAAACACAAAAGCUGGAAGCAGAAGUGUCUGCCAAUGAGAGGUGAUAAUAAGAACUCUCUGCCAAAAGUAAACCAGUGCCAGUGCCUUCCUAAGAAGCAACUGAGAAUGUCACAUGAUAACCGGAAAUAAUUAUUUAGCAACAUUUAGCAUGUGAAUAGCAGAUAAUUAAAAUCUACAUAUUUAAA